GGCUUCCCUGUUUUAACUUCGUUACAGCGAUCGCUUAAAUUGCAGUUUCUCACGAUUUUGCAGAGUAGCCAUGGCGGCUGAGUGGAGGAGGCCCUUCCUGUUCUUUGCCCUGUAUUUCUUUUCAGGGGUUUCGUGGAGGGUUUCAGCGACGAUUUUCACGCUCCAAAACGGAUGUAGUUUUACGAUCUGGCCGGCGGUGACGUCCGGCAACAACGGGGAGGUUCUCGGUGGCGGCGGGUUUGCAUUGGCGCCGGGGUCGGCGGUGGAGCUGCCGGCGACGGCGGGGUGGUCGGGGCGGUUUUGGGCGCGGACGGGGUGCGAUUUUGACGGAAACGGAAAUGGGAGCUGCACGACCGGCGAUUGUGGAGGGAGGCUACAGUGCGCCGUCGGCGGAGCGCCGCCGGUGAGCCUGGUGGAGUUCACGAUCGGGGACGGCGGCGAGGUGAAGGACUUCUACGACGUGAGCCUGGUGGAUGGGUACAACGUGGGUUUGGGGGUCCGGGCGUCGGGGGGGUCAGGGGACUGUCAGUACGCGGGGUGCAUGGCGGACGUGAACCGGAACUGCCCGGCGGAGCUGCAGGUGGUGGACGGCGACGGCGCGGUGGUGGCGUGCAAGAGCGCGUGCGAGGCGUUCGGGAAGGAGGAGUAUUGCUGCACCGGCGAGUUCGCGUCGCCGGAGACAUGCCCGCCGACGGACUACUCGCGCGUGUUCAAAACAGCCUGCCCGACGGCGUACAGUUACGCCUACGACGACCUGACCAGCACGUGCACUUGCACUGGUGCUGACUAUGUUAUUACAUUCUGUCCUGCUGCUGACUCCUAAUCUUGUUACUAAAUUGGAUUCUUGUUAUUAUUAUUAUUAUUAUUUGGAUUUGGAUUCGGAUUCGAAUUUUCAAUCUCUUAUUUGAAUUGGGAUUGCUCU